CCAUAUUUGUGAACCCCGUCCAGUCAGGUACACUUCUCCAAGUACACCUUCUCCGUCCAGCUGAUGUGAACCUUUAGUUUGAAACAUUUGUCAUUCAUUUUCACCCCAGUUGGGACUUUUACCGGGAAGCAAGAGUCGCAUUAACGUUCCUUUACCGGAGAUGGCACAAAGUUUUAUCAUUCAAGUAGGCGGUUGCUGCGACGCGUUCAGGGUCCUCGGUUGUUGUAGGUAAUUAGAAGUUACCUUGAGUGGGGUUUGGAGAUGUCUCUGCACGGAAAACGUAAGGAAGUCUAUAAAUACGAGGCGCCGUGGACGGUUUACGCCAUGAACUGGACCGUCCGACCGGAUAAACGCUUCCGUUUGGCGCUUGGCAGCUUCGUGGAGGAGUACAACAACAAGGUCCAGAUAGUUGGUUUAGAGGAGAAGAGCUCAGAGUUUGUCUGUCGAAGCACCUUCAACCACCCAUACCCCACCAACAAGAUCUUGUGGAUCCCUGACACCAAAGGAGUGCAUCCUGACCUGUUGGCCACCAGUGGGGACUACCUGAGAAUCUGGAGGGUGAGUGACGCAGAGACCCGUCUGGAGUGCCUGCUGAACAACAACAAAAACUCAGAUUUCUGUGCACCACUAACAUCCUUCGACUGGAACGAGGUGGACCCAAACUUACUGGGUACUUCCAGUAUAGAUACCACCUGUACCAUCUGGGGGCUGGAGACCGGACAGGUGCUGGGCAGGGUCAAUUUAGUGUCUGGUCACGUCAAGACGCAGCUCAUUGCUCAUGACAAAGAGGUGUAUGACAUCUCCUUUAGUCGAGCGGGCGGGGGCAGGGACAUGUUUGCCUCUGUGGGAGCAGACGGCUCGGUCCGCAUGUUUGACCUCCGUCACAUGGAGCACAGCACUAUCAUCUAUGAAGAUCCGCUGCACCACCCGCUGCUGCGACUCUGCUGGAACAAGCAGGACCCCAACUACCUGGCCACCAUGGCGAUGGACAACCUGGAGGUGGUGAUCCUGGACGUGCGUCUGCCCUGUACACCUGUGGCGAAACUCAGCAACCAUCGAGCUUGUGUCAACGGAGUCGCCUGGGCACCACACUCCUCCUGUCACAUCUGCACAGCAGCAGAUGACCACCAAGCUUUAAUCUGGGACAUCCAGCAGAUGCCGCGGGCCAUCGAGGACCCCAUACUGGCCUAUACAGCAGAGGGAGAGAUCAACAACGUGCAGUGGGCUUCCACCCAGCCAGACUGGAUUGCUAUCUGUUACAACAACUGCCUUGAAAUCCUCAGAGUCUGAGGCAGAAAACACAGAAACCAGACUUAAAAUGAUUUGGAAAUAUUCUCAGCUGUAAAGGUUUUUGUUGGAGAAAGUACUUUUUAUGGAGAACAUUCAUUUUAUGCUCCUUCUGGUUUCAUAUUCAUGCUAGGGAUGUGUGUAAAGCUCUUUUUUUGUUGAAUUUAAUUGGAUAUUGCUUAUUAAAAGCGUGGCAGUUGCAGUUAGGAUAGCAGCACUUGUACUUGGAAUCCAAAAUGCCCUGGAGCAGAAACUGCAUGGAGCAGAAUAUCCACGACUUCUUGAUGCAGGAACAGUUUAUGCUGUUCAUUUAUACAAAGAUCUGAUAAGUUGGUGAGCUUUUUUGUGGAAAGUACUAAUAUUUAACUGUUCCUCUCCAGUCCUGUACAUGGCACUGAAUUGUACUUCCGUCCAAAGGCACAUUCAUACCAAUAACAUAUGGCCUCAGACUCUCAACACCACUGUAAAGCCCCACAGUCUGAAACAGUUUCCAGUGCAUGGAAAAUGUUAUUUUUCAUUGGUGAAGGAGCAAAGAAAUACCUGUCUGUGUUCUCCUUCUGUUCAGGGCCGUGACAGGAUGGAUCAGCAAUAUAUAGUUCAAAAAACCAUCAGAGUAGUUUGUGAUUUAGCAAGAAAUGUAUGAACUGGAAAAGGGUUACAUGGCUGUUACAAAAGAUCCAAAAAACACUGAAGUUUUUAUUCUUUUUGUCUAACUGGUUAUAUCAUGCUUUAAUGCGCUUGUUGGUGCAUAAUGUUUUCUGCUGUCUCGUAAUGUUGUGUUCAUUUGAAGCUAUUAAAUUGCAGUUUAGAUUUAAAAGUUGCUUGGAUGUGGUGAAUGUCUCAUGAACUGCUUUUAAUUUUAUUCAAAUAAUUUUUGUGAACUCUGCUGUACUAGUUGAUCAUAAAUGUUGAAUAAUUCA